AGUUCGUUGGAAGCCUUCGCCGUAAUGGCAUCGCGCUGGUUAUCGUAGCAACGUUUCGAGCACGUGCUUGUCAACGAGAUGCUUCGCGUCAACAUGCCGAAACGGAGCAAGUGGCCGACGCUGGGAUUCGACGUCGAUGUUGUGUGCUUGGUGCUGUUUUGUUGGGUGUGCUUGGUGCAGAGGACUGACGCUCAAGAUCUCAUGUGUUGCUCACAUGCAACUGGAUCAUGUAGGAGUACCUGUGAAAAAAUACCUUUGGUUGACCUAGCGGCCAAUGUUACAUUAAGGAAUAUAAUCAUAUCAGAAGCACAUAAAUAUUGUUCAUCACAACUGACUUCAUUUUGGGAGUGCCUGAAUGCGACAUUCAAAGAUAUAUCCAGAGGGGACUCUUGGUCAGGGAGAAUAUGUUGCCCGACUCCCCACAGCGAAAGAUGUCGCAGAGCCUGCAUCACAGCAUCCUCUCAUCUUGAUCUCGCAAAAGGGUGUAGACAGAGCGAUGAGAUCGCAUUCUUCAGUUGUUUAGAACGUCAAGAAGCUGGUGCAAGCUGCUGUGACAAUGCGAAAACUGAAGACUGUAAAGAAGCUUGUACAGAAAUAUUCCGGAGCGAAUUGUCGCCUACCAAAUUCCAAAGACAAAACUUGAAAGAUAGUUGUGAAGAUAGUAGCCCCAAAGUUACCGAAUGCUUUAAAGAUUUGAUAAAACUAACGCCUGUCAAAAGUACUCAUAAAUAUAUUCAUUGCUGUGAUAGAUCAAACAAUAUAAAAUGUAGUGAGACUUGCAGAAGAGUCUUAUCAACAAAAAAUACCAUACAAGAAAUACUCGAUGGCCUUCAAGUGGGAGGAUGUGGAUUUCCUAUGCCCCAGGAAUAUUUCUGGCAAUGUUUUCUCAAACCAGACGUGGCAACAGUAACAGCUUUUGGAGAAGUAUCUAGAAUAGACAGAGUCGGAAUGGACAGUGCUAAGUGGCAUUGUUGCCAAAGAGCAAAUUCCUCGCAGUGUGCAAGACUCUGUUCGAAGACGUUCACGAAGUUCUGGGCCACAUCCUGGGAUGACUUCCAAUAUAAGUGUCUAACCAAAGUUACGGAGGAGAGUUUGAGAUCCUGUAUAGAUGAAGUUGAUGAACCAUGUGAACUUGGUUGUGAUGGACUGAGUUUCUGCACCAACUUCAAUAACAGGCCUACUGAACUUUUUCGUUCCUGUACAUCAGCAUCGGAUGAAGCAGCUAGGAACGAUGUUGCUCUCUGGCAGAAUCAAAAUAAUAUAACAUUAUCUCCCGGCCUCACUCUGCCCCUCAAGAGCGUUUCCAAAUGCUCGAAGAACAUCUGGAAAACAGUGGCGUGCACGCUGCAGAUCAAACCCUGCUCCAGAACCUCGCACGCUAACCAAAUCUGCCGUGACAUCUGCCUGGACGUCCUCUCCCAGUGCGUCGACUGGACGCAAGUCUCCCCCGUCUACUCAGCCGAGUCCAUCUGCGAGAAACUGUCGCCGGAGGAUCCCGAUGAGUCCUGCGUGAGCCUGCAGACCUACCUCAAGCCGUCCUCCUACGAGUUCUCGCGGAUAACCGGUCAGGUGUUCAGCCCCUGCAAAGGGAACCCCUGCGAGGCGGACGAGAUUUGCUUGAUCAACAGGAAUUGCGUGCCGGGAAGGAAUUGCCGGCCGUACUUCUGCCGACCCGGGUGCAGAUUAGGAGAAGUAUCCCAAUAUAUGGUACCUGAUGGAACUCACGUUCGCAUUCCUAUCCCGAACAACCCCAAAGGGUGCCUGAAGAUCUGCCAGUGCAACAAGAACAGCAUCGAUGAAUGCCAACCGUUACUGUGCGUCACUCUCACCUCCUGUCUUCUGGGCAACACCCAACAACUCCACGGGUCCGUCUUCCAGAUGGACUGCAACCAGUGCAGCUGUUACGCUGGCGAGAUCAUAUGCAGCAAGAGGCAAUGUGAGAGUAGCGCUCUCAGUGGAACCAAUACCGCUUACACGACGUUGCCAUGUAACUGUCCUUCACAUUAUGUUCCCGUUUGUGGACGGAACGGUGUGACCUAUCCAUCAGCAUGUCUGGCAAAAUGUGCAGAUCUCAAUGACGCUGAUAUUGAACACUACCCCUGCCAAAAUCCUUGCAAAAGUAAUACUUGUCCUGUAGGACAAAAGUGUGUUCCGAAUCCUCAAGUAUGCUUGAGUCUCAUGCACAAACCAUGCAAGCAGUAUGAAUGCAUCAACGGCUCUUCAGACUGCUCAACUCUUCCCAAAGACCCAGUUUGCGACAUCGACAAUCGUCAGUACGAGAACUCCUGCCUUUUGGCUCACCACAAUGCCAAGCUAGCUUACAGAGGUCCAUGUCUGACUAAGUGCAGAUACAGAGGACAAGUAUGUGGCUUCAAUGGGAAAACAUACGAGUCGGAAUGUGCAGCGUUUGCCGAUAUGGUGUCGGUGGAUUACGAAGGAUCCUGUGUAGCCAUUGGUUUGAUCACUAAAGUGAAGGCAAGGCAGUGUUCUGGGGUCAAGUGUCCCAAGUUGCAGACUCCAUCAUGUGUUGGUGUGACUCCACCUGGAGCUUGUUGUCCAAUAUGUGGAGGAUCUCUACGCCUGCUAUAUUCGAGGAAGCAAAUAGAUAGAGCUCUCUAUGCUUUACAGAAUCAGAGCACCCAAUCCUUGAAUCUUUUUGCCCUCCUGAAGGCAUUGGAACGUCAAAUACAGUUGGCUCAGUGUAGCCUCAAAGGAUACUUGACUGUGGAAUUGGAUAUUUUUGUUGUUGUGCAGAGUACUGAAAGAAAUCCUUCAGAGUUGCAACUUGAAGCUUGCAUAAGAGAAGCAGAAAAAAUCUCCAGUCUCAUCAAUAUGCAGAGUCCACGAAUUGUGAGUGAACUGAGCCUUAGUUCACUCACAGCAGCCAGUAUGGUUCAUACUCAAAUCAGUGCUAGUACGAGUAUUCAUACUAUGAGUGUGAAGUUCUUCUUAGCAGUGGUGGUAUUGAUGAACUCGAUAAUUUCCAUUUAGGAUGAUCUUAUAAUUGCUUAUUCAAAUGGUUACCAAAGUUCAAAUAAUAUAUUAGAUUUGAUUUGAACGCCUUGAGAUGUUGGCCGAAACUAUUAUCAUCAAGUUUUUAUGAAUUCAAAUCUCUAAGAGAGGGGAAAGUUGUAGAAGUAGUCAUGAUCGAUAGAUUCAUAUA